GCAUAGCCAUAGUGGAAUAGUAGUUUACGUUUCUAUGGACUCAUUCAUCCUUUUAUGAUUGAUCAAAACGAAAAGUGGAAUAUCAGUCUGAGGAGUUUGCUUACAACACAAUCAAUCCUUGACAAUGAGUGGCAUCACAGUAUGGGUGAAGGAUUAUGACACGGGACAGGAAGAGGGGCGGCCGGUGUCCCCGUUCUCUGAGGAGUGCUGUGAGGAGCUGUGGGACCGGGUGGAGGGGGUGAGGCACAAGCUGACCCGCAUCCUGAACCCAGCCAAGCUUACCCCCUACCUGAGGCAGUGCAAGGUCAUUGACGAGCAGGAUGAGGAUGAGGUCCUCAACUCCACCCAGUACCCACUACGUAUCAGCAAGGCUGGACGUUUGAUUGACAUCCUGCAUGGGCGGGGCCAGCGUGGCCUGCAGGCCUUCAUGGAGUCUUUGGAGUUCUACCACCCKGWGCAAUACACUCAGCUCACUGGACAACAGCCCACCCAGCGCUGCUCCAUCAUCUUGGAUGAGGAGGGUCCAGAGGGCCUGACUCAGUUCCUGCUGCUUGAGGUGCGUAAGCUGAGGGAGCAGCUGCGGGGGAGCCGCGUGUGUGAGCGCCGCCUGUCCCAGCGUUGCCGUGUGGCCGAGGAGGAGCGCAGCCGGGCUGAACGCAAGACACUGGACCUACGACAUGACCGGCUGRAGAUGGAGAGGCUGCGUCAGGACUGGGAGGCAGGCAGCAGGGAGCUGGGCCGGCUGAAGGACAMYCACCUGGAACAGGCUGUGAAAUACUCUCGUGCCCUGGAGGAUCAGGCCAAGGCCUCCGCACGUGAGAGAGAGCUACUGGAACAGAUGGAGCAGCUGAAGACCAGACUGAUGGAGGCAGAGAAAGAGACUGACAGUAGUCCUCUGGAGUCUCAGUGUGAGCAGCUGCAGCUGACGGUGAUGAUCUCCAGCUGGACUGGGAGACAGAACAGGAAAGGAGCAUUUCCGACUCAACCGCAGAUUAUGGAGCUGGAGAAGGAGAGGGACCAGGCUCUGCGCAGUCGAGACAGCCUGCAGUUGGAGUAUACUGACUGCCUAUUGGACAAGAACUGUCUGCGUAAACGCAUCGCAGAGCUUCAGGCCAAUCUAGAGCAGCAGCAGAGAGAGCUGAAGAAAGAGAAGGACAGGAGCAGGGAGCAGAAUUCCCCCUGUAUGCACUGUGUGAGUCUCAGCUACUUCUCACCUGUCUCUGUGCAACGAGGACCAGUGCUACGGGCCCUGCUGCUCCCCAGCCCUCUGCCCAACGGCACUCACCAGCUGCUCUGCAAGUCUCCCUCUACAGACCAAACCCAUGACCACUCCGAAGGUUCCCGCUCAAACUCAGAGGAGAAUCUCUUGACACCAACAGUGGACAGUGAGAGGGAUGUUAACAGGCUCUCCAUCUUCCCCUUCCCUCCCUGUAUGAACUCCAUCAACCGCAGGGUCAACAUAGAGUUUGACCUGGACUCCUGGGGCAGUGAUGAGAAUGAGAACCUCACAGGAGUCCAGAGUGAGGUCUCCCUGUCGAACUCCUGUAGCUCACUGCAUUCUCACCUCUUCCCCCCUGACCUCGUCAACCUGCCCCCUGUCCCACCUCACAAACCCAACUACAGCAGUCUCUGCUUCGAGCCCCUGUCCCCCGUACCUAGUCCCCCCACUACGCCCAAAAGAGGAAGAGGCAGCCUGGCAGAUGACAUCACCAUCAUUGGGGGCAACCGCACAGGCAUCUUUGUUAGCAGCYUCAGAGCUGGUUCUCCUGCUGAGCAGUGUGGUCUGAAGGAGGGCAGUGAGUUACUGGAGCUGGAGAAGGUUCUGUUUGGUGGGGGCAGUGUGCUGAUGGGCCAGUGCACUGGAGAGGUGGCCCACUUCUCUCUGCAGUGGUGGACAGAGCCCUCUUCUCUCAAACACCAGACCAACACAGYGGGUGAAGUUCUGAGACAGCUUUUACAGUUGUUUUCCUUGACUGAUGUGCUUUURCAGUACWGUACACCUUUAUAGUYUAUGGUCUUGGCCUUUAUCCAGGCGUCAGYCUGUUUAUAGAACKAAAAAAGAUAAAAGAAUAGAGUYUGUGUAACUAACUGCCRACCCCUUUUCCUCUUCUCAGCRUACUCCAAGUUAUGUGCCCAGCUCCCUUCUCCUACCUUCUACGGUGCUGACUCCUUCUACGUGCGCGUCAACCUGGACCUGGACCCUCAUAGCGACCUGCCCUGUCUAGGGGGGGG